AUGUACAAGUCCGAAAUACAAACAUCUUCGACUGAAUCUGCCACAAAUGCUUCUUCCUCGCAACAUCUUGAAACAGAAACAAGUUAUAUGUCACACGACACAUCAAGAUUGGUAAAGAAGAAGAAGACGAGCACAAAGGCAUUAGUGAAGCGUCUACUAGGCGUUGUGGCUGACUUAAGUUCUAAAGUAGACCGUGUAUUACAGAAAAAAGAUGAACCCGACACAAAUUUUGAACCAGACAGAAGUCAUGGUUUGGAUGGGGAAUUUGAGUCUACACCUACGCAUCUUGAGCCGUCAUUGGACGUGGGUGAACAUCUCACAAAAGAAAUGAUUCCUAUUGUUAGGCCGCAACGAAAGAGGGGUGUUCCAUGGUAUCAGCGGACUCCGUUCACAGUGAUGCAAUCCACACCAAAAUUGAAGAAAAUCACCAAAGCAAAGAAAAAAAAAGUGGUGAAGAGUCCUGAAAAAGCAAAUGAAGACAUUGUGAAUGAAGAGAGUAAUGAUGUUUCAAAUCAUCUCCUGCUCGACAGUGUUGAAGCUUCCAGUACGUUGACUUUUUGGAAAGAAUGGAAUAGUAUCUCUUCCAACCUGAACACUAAACAUAGGCUGCAUAUGCUGACACUGGAUGCAGAGUUUUGGUUGAGGUUACUUGCAGUUACUGACGUUGGGUGGUUAAUUUCUUCGGUUCUAUUCCCCAUAAACGUUCCUCAUGCCCAUUGGUUUUUGGCAGUGCUACAUUUAGAUAUUUGGAAAGUACACAUAUAUGAUUCAGCACGAUAUGCGAUUGACUACUGGAAGGAUUUCCCCGAUGGACACAAUGACAACGCAGUUGUGGAGUUUAUUGACAUUGUAGACGCGACACAACAAGAAGAUAUUGCUAAUAGAGGGGAUUUUGGAGUAUUCGUAAGCAUGUAUAUGGAAAUGAUUGCUUCGGGGGUACCGGUGAAGAGUGAUAAGCCAUGUAGAGAUGCGGGAUUUCUCUAUAGAAAUAGGAUGACAAAUAUUAUUUGGGAUACUAAAUAA